UUUUCUCAAUUCUUUUCCACGUGCGUUUGAGCAUACUGAAACACGCGCUAUUCACAGUUUUCCGCUUAUAAUAGUGAAAUAAACUUUAAAAAUGGCUCAAAAGAAGCUGGGUACCAAGAAGCCUGCAGGCAACAACAAGCGCGGCCCUAAAGCAAAGCAGGUUGAAGAGGAGAAGCCUGAAAUGAAAGUAGACGCGAACGAAGACGACUCAGACGCCGACGAGGAGCAGAAUGGAGUUAACUUUGAUGAUGGCAGUGACUCUGAGGCUGCUGAUGCAGGAGACUUGAUAGACAAUGAAGCUGAGGAAGCAGAAGAUGAUGAAGAGGAUGAUGAGGAUGACGAUGACGACGAUGAAAAUGAAGUCGAACCUGGUGAGAUUUCAAAGGCCUCAAAAUCAGCCAACGAAUCUGAUGAUGACGAGGAUCAGGAAGCCGAUUCUGAUGAAGAGCCUACUGAAGAGGCAAUUGUAAAGAAGAAGGAACAAGCAGAUGCCUCCAAGAAGGCUGGCAUACCUAAAGUUAUCGUUGGUCGUAUUCCACAUGAAACACCCAAGGAUCAAAUUAUCUUCGUUAGUGGACUCCCAAAUGAAUAUAAGCACAUGGAACUCGUUGGCUUGUUUACCAAAUUUGGACCGAUUGCCAUUGUCAACCGAAUUAAGACAAAGGCUGGCGGCAACAACGUAAUCAUUGCUUUUGAGUCUCCCGAAGCUGUUGAUGCCGCUCUGGCUGCCAAGCCGAAGGCACUGACGCUUAGCGGCCAAGUCGUGACUGUGUCUCGUCCACACAAUAAGAGUGAACUGAAUGAGCGCACUGUUGUCGUGGGUUUGAUUGGAUCCAAUGCCACCAAGGACAAAAUUUCAGAGCACUUCAAAAGUUGUGGUGCCAUUGAAUCUGUUAACUUUUCCAACAAUCGCGCACUGCCCACUGCAUAUGUGCGUUUCAUUUCAGUUAGCUCGGUGCCCAAAGCCCUCAAAUUGCAUGGUAGUGAGUUCCAGUCCCGCUUCAUAACAGUUCGUGAGGAGGCGUACAAAAACAAACAGCUGAAGUCGCCAUCAUGUACAUUGACCAUCCUAAACACAGGCAAUCAUGAAUCCUUCAAACCAGAUACCAUUGAGAAGAUCUUCAAGAAAUACGGCGAGAUUGUAGACAUUGAUACUGUAUGCACACGCAGUGUUUUAGCCUUUGUUACAUACAAAACUGCUGAGCAGGCCGAAAAGGCGACGAAACAGCUAAAUGGCAAGACUGUAAGCGAUCUGGAGAUUAAAUUAGAGCCCUACCACUACAGUUCCUCGGCCCGCACUAUUAUUGUGUUGAACUUGGCACCGAGCGUUGAAGAACAGGAGCUAAAUGAAGUGUUCAGUGAAGCUGGAGAAAUUGAAAGCAUCAAAAUGCUACCCAACAAGGCGAUUAUUAAAUUCACCAAUGACGAUGGUUUCUGCAAAUCCUUCCUGUUUAAUGAGCGUCUUGUGCAAGGCCAGCCAAUUUUCCUGGAGCCAAAUUCUUUGCUUAAACUCAAGAUUAUCAAUAAGAAAACUGGAAUCAAGCCCCAAGGAAGGUCUGCUGGUGGUCCACCAGCUGGGGGUCCAGCCAAAUUUAAUAAGUUUGGCAAUAACCAAAAGCAGAAGAACAAGCCAUUUAACAAACGCCCAGCGCAGGACAAUGGUUCGGCUCCGAAACAUUUUAAGAAGGCCAAGAAGAUCUAAUGUUUUUACUUAAGCCGUCUUAAAUCCGUAGUUCUAAGUCUAUAAAAGUAACCCAGAGACCAAUGCAUCUUCAAACAGUGCAUUGAUUUUAGUUUUAUAAGCGGCAAUAGGUGUCUGUGCCUCCUAUUCACGUUAUGUGUUUGAAUAUUUUAUGACAUGCAAAUAAAGUCAAGUAUCGCUAAUUGUUGGCAUUUGCCGGCAACGCGCAUUUGCUGAACAAUUUUGCUGCUUUUACGGGCAGCGACUCUGCCCAAAAAUAAAAACCUGUAAGACCCAACGAGAAAUAAAUUGCAAAUUUCCAACACGUA